CGUUCAAAGAGUUCAUCUUCUUGUUCAUUCAUUGGGUUACACUAAAGUCAUGAUUUAUAUAAUUAUGCAAGUAGCCUACACUCUAGUCCUCAAAAGCGAUUGGUCGACCAGAAAUAGGAGGAUUGUCCCCUGUAGAGCGAAUCCCUCAUCGCCUGCCAUCGACAUAGCUCCCAUCCGUGAGUUUCGUAAGGGUCUUGUGUAAGGCUGUUGUUACAUAGCCUUCAAUGGCUAUUACAUAUAUAUGUAGUAGCUAUCUACAGUGUUUCCAAAAGUCCGGGAAAAUUGUCAGUCGCUCACGUCGCAUGUGAAGAUGUAUCCAAAAAGAAAAAGUGCAUUGGAUAGUCAAAUUAUUUCGGCAGAAAUUGCUUUAGGUCUUGUUCUGUGUACAGCAUAUCGGAUCAUUUCGAAGAACAUUUUCAGUCAACGGGAGGAGAGUCAACCUGUUGACAGUGAAAAGUUUGAGCUAACAAGGUCACUAGUGUGUGUAUGGCUUGCAAGCAACAUAAAGUUCCUACUCAUUAAAUGCAACAGCAAUCCAGUUUCACUGUCUGCACAUUCAACAUCCAGGCUGAUUGCAUUUCUGGCACUUCUACUGGAUAGCUGCUACGGAAUUAAUUAUCAGAGACUAUAUACUAACGAACGGCCUACAGUGGACAUGGCCGUGUGUUCUUUCUUCAUAGUGAGCAGUGUUGUCCUCUUCUUUUUGGACCACAGCCAGCUGCAGAGCAGAGUGGACUUGCGCAUGAUCUUCAGUGACUCUCAGAAGUUCUUCCUUCAGAUGGACUUUUUUGCCACCUUUGUCUUUGGCCUCCUCUGGCUGGCCUUCCCCGAUUGGCUCCUAGGAUUCCAGCCCAUUACAGGUUCUGAGGACAUCUUCCAUCUUCACCUCAGUAGAGCCUUUGGCGCCAUGAUGGUGGGUGACAGUUUUGUCUCUUUUACAACACAGAAUUUCCAACCCAACAAAGAAAAGCCAUCCGUGUUCAUAAGCCGAGCAGUGGGCAGCUUGGUGCUGCUGGUGUUCCUGGUCCACUCUCAGCUGACCACCUCUGCCUGGGCCCCUGCCCAGAUCUGGUUUGGCCUGGUGGGAGCCAGCCUCUGGACAGGAAACUCCAUCUUAGGUUACCUCAGCUCUAAACAACAAAAUAUACUGUUAGCCCGCUUAAGUGAAGCUGAUCACGUGAGCAUGGUUAAUCAAACCACAGCUGUUGCACAGAAAGCAGAGGCAGAUUCUAUGGGAACCUGGAGUGACUUCGAAUGAGUGAUUAUUUAUUGUUAAACCAUUUCCAUCCUAUGUUGUUCAGUCUUAUGAUUUUCAUACUUCACCAUCAAUGAGAUGGUGAUGGUCAUUGCUGACAGAGGUGGAAAGAGACUCUUUGGAAAUCUAAAUGUCUAAAUAUACUGUACUGUACAUUUGUAAAUGUGUAACUCCUCUGAGAAGAGGUUAGAAGCCAUCGGAGAUUGUAAAAGACACUUGACCCUACCAUUCCACUGUACAGAAGUGAAUAGUAAGUAUGCAGGCUCAGCCUUAGAAACAUAAUUAUGAAAUAACUUUUUAGGAACUAUUGAUGGGAAGCGUGGAGGUGUUGUAGCUGCACCCAUAGAUGUAACUGACAUUGAAAUUCUGUCAAGGAAUAAAAGUGAAGUGAAAUGUUA